AACAACAAGCGGCGGCGGAGGCAGAAACAGCAGGAGCAGCAGCACCAGCACCAGCAGCCCACGCAGGAAGGCUAGGCGACACGCAAGGAGACAUCCGAUGAGAGGAAAGGCUCAGCGAGAGUGAGCUGCCGCGGAUUGUCCAAAGGGGCAGCGUUCCUCUAGUUGCGGUUUUGACGGUCUGCGUGCGCCUUGUGCUAGCUGGGACCCCAAACAAAAGGCUGCCGUCACCCUAACGGAGGUCCUCUACAGUCGCGAGAGAGAGAGCGAGCAAGAGAGAGAGAGGGGCACCGCUGGAUGCAAAAACAAACAUGAGCUCCUAUUUUGUCAACCCUCUUUUCUCUAAGUACAAAGGCGGCGAGUCCCUGGAGCCAACUUACUACGACUGCAGGUUCCCACAAAGCGUUGCCCGCAGCCACACGCUCGUUUACGGACCCGGAGCGGCCGCGCCGGGCUUCCAGCACCCGUCCCACCAUGUGCAGGACUUUUUUCACCACGGCACCACGGGCAUCUCCAACCCGGGCUACCAGCAGAACCCGUGCGCCUUGGCGUGCCACGGCGACGCCGGCAAAUUUUACGGCUACGAAGCCCUGCCCCGGCAAACGCUGUACGGCAGCCAGCAAGAGACGAGUCUGGCGCAGUACCCGGAUUGUAAAUCGUCGGCAGGCUCGAACCCUGGAGAAGGACAAGGCCACUUAAAUCAAAGUUCAUCUCCCAGCCUUAUGUUCCCAUGGAUGAGACCCCACGCUCCAGGACGACGCAAUGGCAGACAAACCUACAGCCGAUACCAAACUCUGGAACUGGAGAAAGAGUUCCUCUUCAACCCUUACCUGACCCGCAAAAGGAGAAUCGAGGUGUCGCACGCCCUCAGCCUGACCGAGCGACAGGUGAAGAUCUGGUUCCAGAACCGGCGAAUGAAGUGGAAAAAGGAGAACAACAAGGACAAGUUUCCGGGUCAGAGGGGAGAGGCCGAGGCCGAGGAAGAGGGCAACGAGGACGGUGAAGGGGAAGAGGGGGAAGAGAAGGAAACCGAAGAGCGAGAGGAGAGCAAGGAGUGAUUUUAUGGUCCUUUUUAUGGUUAUAUGGCUGAAAAAGAAGAAAAAAGGAGAGCGAGGUCUCGUAAACAGAGCAGGAAUCGCGAGCGCGUCAUUUUUACAACCACCCUUUCUUUCAUUUUAUCAAGUGGGAACAGGAAUCCCGACAAUAUUCCUGUCAUCAGUAGGCAUAUUACUGCUUUUUCACAAUUAAAAAACAACAACAAAAAGUCCAAAGUGGGCAUUCUGUUUUAAAUAACAGCUGCCCUUGCAAAAACGAAAAAAAAGGGAAAUAAAACGCAUGUUAGUUCAAAACGGCUAAUUUUUUUUUUUUUUUUUGGGGGGGGGGGGGGUCUACUGUAUCAAGUUUAAACGCCCUGCAAACUGUAAAUAGACACAAAAAGAAAUAAGUAGACUCAAUAAACUCAAUGGAGGGUUUUUAGUGCAGCGCUCAGUCAUCACCGCAGCAGUUUGUACAAAGCACCCACUUUUAUGACUAUAAUUAUUAUUAUUGUUAGUGUUUUAGUCGUCUUCUUUCCACGCAGUGGCCUAAAAACAGCCACGAGCUCCUCCUCGCGAUUUAGUUGCAGGGAGGAUGACCAGGGAAUUGCAAUCGUUUGAAAUCCUUGAUGCUACCUAAACCUGGGCACAAUUGCAAUAGAGAUUUCUGAAGAGAGAGAUUUCAAACGACACACACACACAAAUCUUUUUAUCAUUAAGUUAUGAAUAUGAUGUAGCAUUUACUCAGUACUUGUUGAAGACAAUUCUUUGCGUCUUGGGAAGACAAUUUAGCUCGAAGCCAAGCAAAGCAAUGAAGAGAUUGUUACCAAGCACUACCUAAACUUCAUGCGAGCCUGCACGACACCCUUCUGCUUUGGAAGGUGGCACGGUUCUGGACAAAUUACAAACUAGUUCCCCAACAACUAAAACUGCCUAUAACGCACAUUGACUAUGCGCGUAUACUUGCAACAAUUACAACGAGUUUCCUUUUGGAUUUGAACGUGCUGGUGAAAUAGAGUAGGUUUUUUUUGCACUGAAUAUAACCUUUAUGUACGUCUUGUUAUAUAUUGAUGUUAACAAUUAUGCUCGUUUCCUGGUGUUUCUCCUGUGCAAGACGACAUUAUGUUCCGCCAUUGUUGAUGUAAAAUCACAAAUAAAAAUGA